AUGAAUCUCAACGCUGUCGACGUCGACCGCAUCCGUAACAUUGCGCUGGUCAUUUACUUUAUCUAUUUUAUCCUUUUCAACCUCAACCGCAUCAAGUUCUUGAUCGCGACAACCAUGGCCGACACGGCGGGGCCACAGACUCCCAGUAGAAAGCUGUUCAAGGCGGCGUCAAAGACUAAAACACCGCCUGUCAGGAAGCAACAUAGUAUCUCGGUGACUCCCAGGAGCGCAGAACCAGCGUCUGCAAAGUCUUCCAGUCCGAGUCCCGGUCUAUUUAGAAAGCCCUCGGGAGCGACGCCAAAGCUCGUCAGAAAAGCUUCCUCGCACGUUCAAUCGACGCCUUCCAAGCCAGCGCCCGAAGAUAUCAUCAAGUCAACGCCACUGGCACCCCUUAGCACAGGUACCAAGAUUUUUGUCGCAAAGCGCCGCAAGGCAGACAGCGUUGCUUCAGACACGACGGGCAACACGCCCAUUGGGCUCAUAGAUAAUGACGUUCUCACGCCUACGGAUAUGGGUGCCAGCCACGACGACCCCAACGCCCCAGACCUAGACCCAGAGACCCUCUCCAAAGAGUCGUCGAUGGUCAUGACGGGAGCUGCAGGGGGUCUCCCCGACCACGACUCCACAAUACCAGGGUCGCCUGGAGUACAACAAUUCGAAACAGCCACGGAUGCGACAAGGAGCCCGUCCAAGCGAGCCACCGAUCCGCUCAUUGAAGAUGCUCGUCAGGUUCCCAAGCAGACUACUGGCGCUGGUGACCAUGAUGUUGAAUCUAAGAAUACAAGAAGAAAAGAAGAAAAUGAGGGAGAAAAAUUUACGGAAGAAACAUCACCCCAGGACUCAACUAGCAGACAACACGAGUCACAGCAGCACAGCACAACCAGCUCUGUUGAUGAGCGGGACAUGCCGAGCGACCUGGCCCAAUACUUCACUAACCAGGGCAACCAUGAAAUGAGCGAGUUUGUCAAAGCCCUCUUAGCACCAUCAGAAGAUCCUACAUCCACAGUGAUCAGCGCGCUCGGUUUGACCCACGAGUCUGGACAAGCCGCUGCCGAUAAAGUUCGCGACGACGCAGAACAUCAGCCGCCUAUCACAGAAACUCAAAACCAGAAGCAAUCGCGCACUGCGACUAGCGAAGCAGUCCCCGAGACGCUGAGCAAUCCCCAAGACAGCAUACACGGGUUUCCAGAAGUAUCGAGCCAUCCGUUUGACGAGCUACCGACCAAUGACGAGCUUAUCAUCUCAGACCCUGUGAACAGUCAAUCGCAAGACAAGACAAUUAUACCGCGGGAUGCGGACGAGAAAAGCGGACACGGCAUCAGUGGAUUUCCUGACGUGUCAACAAACGCCGUAGAGGAGCUGCCAAACAACGACGAUUUGGUAGUUGAACCAACAAGCAGAGCAAAGGAUACUUUGCCGAAGGGUAGUAACAAUCAUACAAUACCAUUACGGCAACCGGCAACGAGCACGGACAAGACACGCGAUACUACGAGCGGGUUCUCCGACGGGUCGUCAAAACCCAUUGAUGCGCUGCCGGCACCACACGAAAAUCCAACAGCAGCAGCAGUGGUUGGCGCUACCAAUACGGCCCCCGCAAAUAUUAAGGUGUCGGGCGCCACAGAAGCUUUACCAGCAGCCGCCAUAGCACCGACAGCUCCAACGACUGCAGCUCCAGCAACGGGACAAGCCACCGGCGACAAAGUUGCCCGCGACGCGUCGCAAACACGGAAACUUGCAGAGGUUGCUGCUUCCCCCAACACCACCACCACCGACACCACCACCAUUACUGCUAGUGCUGCUGAUUCCAGACACGACAACAAGAUUGGACUUCCUGACAUUGAGGGCAUUGUCAAAGGCGGAGACAUUACUGCUAGCGACCAUAUUGGAAAGCCUCUGGAUCUCAGUGGCUCCAUCUCCAGUCGUCCGCAAGACCUCCAGUCCGAAGGGGAGGACUUGCAUCAAGCGGCCAGACGUGAGUCUACGACAGAGGACAAGGCGGGGGUACCUAGUUCGUCACAUUAUCUCAACGACGGCGCCAUCAUCAGUGAAGCGACACAAAAUCCGGCAGUGUUACGGGAUCAGGUCGCACCGCUGAGAGAAGACGCCCGCGACACGGCGGACUCGCUUCCGUCCAAGUCAACCAAGACAGCGCCAACGGCGAACGGAUUUGCGCAGGCUGCAAUGGCUGGAGCUCAGGAGGACCUCGCGGCGAAAGCGCCGCAGCAGCCAAGCGCGUCGGAUGCCACCGGCCACGCCACCAGCAAUGAAGCUGCUGGAGGCAUUCAAGCACAGGCUGACAACAUGGGCAAGCCUGCUCAUAUCAAUAGGCGCAUCGACAUACCUUUGCCUAGGCCAGAGCGACCUUCUUCUUCUUCCAAGUCGGGAUUACACAUGCCCGAAGUCGACAAUCUGCGGAGCACAGAGGGCCUGCCCAACGUCAAUGAUCUGGAUGACCCGCCAGAAGAGUUCCUGGACCCAUCAGUGCACUCACCACAGCAGCCUUCGGCGAACAUAUCUCCUAUUCCCAAAAUUCAAAAGGUCAAUCCCAUUGACAGCCAACCACCACCCGAUCUUGCCAGAUUAGCCAACGGCCUCGGUGGCCACAGCAUUGAUGACGUUGGAAACAUUGUGGACAAUUCUGGCAAAGUGCUGGGACAUGCUACAGGCGACCUGCCUUCCAUGAUUGGCAAGAAGGUCGCCGACAAUGGCGAGGUCUACGGCGACAGUGGCGAACUCAUUGGCUAUGUCACGGAGAAUUUCACUGGCCACCCGCCACCAACAGCUUCCGAGACAAACAAGUCAAGCGCGAGUAGAGAUACACCCUUGCCCGGGGGUCUGCGUGUUGAUCUAGAGGGAAAUAUCCUCGACGCCUCUGGUAAUGUCAUUGGAAAGAUGCACAGCAAGCCAGGCCAGCCCACCAACGCUCUGGCACCGUAUAAUGGCAAGGAAGAGAGUGCACCAAGGAAUGAAACCAAUGGGGAACAAGGACAAUCGGACAACGAAAAGCCGAGGGCCAAAUUCGACGAGGGAGGGAUUCCAGCCGACAUUUUUCUGGAUGUCAAGUCUACACCAGACGGGAUUCAACUGACAAUCAGAAUACCGACAAUCUUCAAGCAGGAGACACGGCAGACGGCGGAAGCAUCGUCUUCUUCCGCAUGA